UUUCAUUUUCGUAUUCGAUUUGUCGGAUAUCUGUGCGUAUUGCGUAGUCAGGAAGUUCGUAGUAAUACAAAACGAUAGAAUUUCGAUUUAGAAAUAAAGAUUCUGUUUUCACGGACACUUAAUUUCACAACCAGAGUAAUCUUCGAGUGCUAUUAAAUCAGGAAUCCAUAAGAUGGCAGAGAAAGAGGAGUCUGUGACGAGACGUUCUAAAAGUUUGAACAAAAAAAAUUUCGACGAGAGACCUACCAGUUUUGAACUGGAAACGGAUUUUACGAACACAGAGACUAAAUUGGUCGUUUUAGACUUCCUUUCUUCACAACCAAUUGAACAUUUGACAGCGAGAAACUCGAAGACGAAAAGAGUUUCGUUUUCGAAAGGAGAAGAUCCCAGCUAUUCAAGCGAAAGAAGAAAGUCGCUUAGUAAAAGCUCUAGUGAUGUUUCAUCUCAAGAAGCAUAUCGUAAUCGUUAUGUAAAGCUAGCAAAAUCUGGCAAAACAUUGAGAAAGCAAUAUUCGUUACGUUUAAAAAGAGACUUAGAUGAAUAUCUCAAGAUUCGGGGUAAAUCAAUGGAUGAUUUGUCUGAUUCAUUCAGGAGUGGUGCCACAAAUGAGGGUGAAGUUGAAUACCUUCAUCAGAGGUCUUACACUGAGGGAGAAGCCUAUUAUAGGUUACGAUCUAGAUCCCCCCUAAGGAAUGAGGGUGAUGAUGAUGAGGGUGAUGAUAUAGCAAAGCCACGUAGAAAAAUAUCAACCGAACUAAAGGAAGGCAUAAUUAAGUUUGAUCCUGAAACAUUACAUCAUGUUGUCAAGACAACAGAAAGUACAAGUGAAGAUGUUAUGUACAAAAAUCGUCCAGGAAAUUUAGACCUUCCCGCACACCAAGAAAGGAGAUUAUCCCCUGUUCUCUCACCAGAAAGUCAGGUUGCUGCUCGACUUGAACUAAUAUCACAAGAAAUACUAACACAGUACCCAGACCUUUUUAAUGAGCAAAUUUCACGAGUAAGUUUGCAGGACUUGACAUAUGAGAAAUUCGCAUCAGUUGCUCGCAAGGUUAUUGAGAAACACCCAGGAGGAUGGACAAGAAUUGCCCUGGUUUGCUAUUUUGCAAGAGAGCUAGCGUUAGAAGAUGAGUCGACAGAUGAACAGUUGGAUAAUUUGGUCAGUUUUAGUUCAAGGUUCAUCUCAGAAACAAGUGCAGAGUGGAUAGCCAGCCAAGGUGGAUGGGGAGCUCUGGACCUUGAUGAUUCUGAAUAUCUAAGCCCUUCAAGAGUACGAGAGAAGCUAAAGGAACAGCCAGAUAUGAUUGAUGGUUUGAUAUAUGGUCAAGCUAGUUCCAGAUGGUUGAACUACUUGAAAUAUGGUGUGGCUGCUUUAGCAGUCGGAGUGACUGUAGCAUAUAAUGUGGCUAAAUGAUAUGCUGUUGCAUUUGUUUGUACCUUUAAUUGUACAUAAUGGUUAAACCUUUGCUCAGAUCCUGUGAAGCAUGAUUACCAUGAAUUUUAGACAAUUGCCUGAACAUUGACACUGAAAAUUUUACUGCUAUAUGAUAUUCAUUCAGUCCAAUUUUGAUAAUAUAUGAGCUUUAAUAUCUUAUAUUUUAUCUUGUGUUGAACAGACAAUAACGUGACAUAUUUGAUUGCUAUGUUUCUACUUAUGUAUUGUAAUGUGCUUCACAAAACUGUGGUGCAACAGUUCACAGAGUAGAGCAAUUUAUG